UGUACUAUUCACCCACAAACGUUGCCGUUUAUGUAGUACUUGCUAAAGGAGCAAGGCCAAAAAAUUAUUGUGAAUUGGUGUCCUGUUUUCCACUGCUUGUUCCCAGUGAAAGCACAUUAUAAAAUUUGACCAGGCUGCAGUGCUUGGUUCACCCGUUCCGAAAGAGAAAGUGUUGAGGAGCACAUGGGAACAAAAAUGAGACAGUUCGGCUGCUGCAUAAUUUGUGUAGUGGUGGUUUCCGUGUUGAGUUUGGCGUUGGGGAUGGAAGCUGAUUUGUACUUAAAUAAGGACAAAUUUGGUGAAUUUUUUAAACUGGAAAUAAGCGAGAAGGGUUGUACAAAUGUGCCGUUAAACUGGGAGAACCAGGCAGUUUCGGUGGACACUCAUGGCAGUUGCAUCAAAUUUUAUGACCUCCCCUACUGUCGAGGCAAAUUCGUAGCUCUUCAGCCAUACCAUGGAACAUUUCAGGAUAAUUUGGAAGCUUUGAGCUUCAACAAAAUCAUCAGCUCUGCCAGUCCGUGUGGACCUAAAGUGCCCACUGGAAGGUAUUACAUUCAAAAUGGAGCUGAUGGGUCUGUUCUCACUGUCGAAACGAAGAACAACACGCCCGUCGUGAAAGCCCAUGCCUUCAAACCAUUCAUUUCUAAAGGUCAACAAUUUCAACUUGAAAAGGUGUCUCUCGCCGAUUACGAAAUCAUUCCCCGAGUGCAUCAAAAACUUAACCCUUUGACGUUUGAUAUGAGCAUUUCCACCAGCGCACAUUCCGUUCGCCGAGUUUGGAAAAUUGAAAGCGUCUACCGGGGCAGAUAUCUAAUCAAGAAUGAAUGGAACAAUAGAUGCCUGUACAAGUCAGACUCUGGGAAAGUGGAGGAACAUGAGUGCGUGUCCUGGUCACCAAAUCAGGAGUGGAUUUUCCGAAGCAUCAAAGUCAAGCCGUACUUCCCAAGCAAGGAUGAGUUGAAAAAGAAACCUCUUCGACCUGACGAUACCUUGGCAUUUGAGCCACAAGAUGAUGCAUUUUCUGCAAUUCCGUACCAGCCUAAUCAUGCCAACUUCCAAUUCCCAGGACGUAUUCCGGGAUAUCCGAUUCCACCACUUCCUCCAGCAGGGAAAAAACAAAAAGUUGGAAAACAUCCGGUCCAAAUUCAACGUCCCGGUCCUAUGGUUAUCAAUCCGGGAGAACCAUUCCCUCCCGUGUUUCCAUUCCCCAUUCUUCCGAAGGUCACCCCUAUAACUGCGAAUACGAAGAAGACUGAUGCCAAACCUCCAGUACCACAGAUUCGGCACCCAGGACCUCUACCCUUCCCGGUGGAACCUCUCAUUUUAGAUCCAAACAAGCCAACGGUUUCUCCUCUGGAUACUUUCAAUGCUUUUGCCAAUCCACAAUUCCAGAAUCCUGCCAACUCAACAGCAGCAAAGGAUGAAGAAAGCUCGGAUGAAGAUGGACAAAGUGACGAAGGAGGCCAAGGACCACAAAUUGAGGACGACGAAAGUCAGGAAGAUGGGAGUCGGGAAAAUGCACCUCAGCAGGAUACCGACGAUGUCGAAUCUGACGAGGAGGACGAAGAGGAAGAGGAGGAGGAGGAGGAAGAGGAGGAUCAUGACUACUCGUAUUUACUUACUGAACCCCCAGCACUUCGAAAUAAGAGGAAUAAAAAGCAAGAAGAGCUGUCUGGAGUCAAAUAUUCGGACUUCAGGCUUUUCUUUAAAAGAACGAACAACUACAGCUAAAUUAUUCUCAUAAUUUAUAUACACAAAGUUUUACAUAUAUGCACAUGCUUGUUAAAUUAUAAUAAUAAAUUAUGGUCGUCAGGAUAA